CAAACUCAGCAGGUUUCCGACGCGAAGCGGACCCAUGGCGACCCCAAAGGAUCCGAAGCCUGUACCCUCCAGUUCCAAAGCUGACAGACCAGCUGUCAAAAGGCUGCCGAGGCCCAAGAAGCCCGUCAAAGAUGAGGCAAAGGACAGGCCAGCACCAAAGAAGAUGCCAAGGAAUGCAAAGGAAGAGCCACCGGAGGCUUCAAUCUUCGAUGUGAAGAGCGAGUCAGGAGACUCCAACAUCUCAGAGAUGCUGGAGCAUGAAAAUGGGAGUGCUCCAGCCCCGGGAGUUUCGCUCUCUCCGAGAACAGUUGCCCAGGAUGUGCAUGUUGACAUGAUAUCACAAACUUUGCAGCGACCAUUUCAGGCUCCAAGCCAUUUAUUUAGAUGCACUGGUCGUAGGUUUGUCUCAAAGUACCCUAACAUCCCACUGGUUUAUCUAUCGGAAAGGACUGUUGUGAGCGGCAGAAUCCACGAGUUUUGGGGAAGAAUAGUUUCAUCAGAAUACUUUCCUACUACUUGCCCUCACAAGAGUCGUUUCUGA